CAUUCUGAGAACUAUUUCAGUCCAUAUAUUCUUCAGUUUUGAGCUACCCACACCGUCAGCAUACUACAGUCCUACUGAUUCUUGUCAUUUAUGCAGCCAGAGGGUGCAGCUAUGUACAACAACUUGAUUCAUUAUGCUUAGUCCAUGAUUGCAGGCGAAAGUGUUAAUUUAUAUGUUGCAAUUACUGACAGAAUUGUACGUCUGGUUGACAAGUUUUUUUGAAAUGGAUCACCAGUCUGCUGUCAGGGCACUUGAACUUAAUCGGAAGGCAGGGAGUCAGAGCCUUUGAAUUCGGACUAAAGCAAAAAUAAGUUAAGGUUGAACAGCCCCCAGCAUCCUUUCUUGCUUCUAUUGAAGAGGAUGUGAAUGAGGCUCCACAGGCUUUAGUGCUUGGAUGUAAAUCAAUGAGUUGUUCAUUAAUGGAACAAAAACACGAAGACACUGAUGUUCAGGAAAACUUAAACCCAUCCGUUCCAUCACCUGACACUCCACAGAGUGAUCAAAAUCAGGCUGUUGCCACACAACAGGUUGCUGAUCUUCUGUGCUUUGAUGAUAUAACUCAAGAAGCAUCAUGUGUGGAUGAGAAAGACCCACUACCACUUGGAACAGCAACUUCUAAUGAAGCUGCUAUUGCAGAAAGUAUAUUGGCUGGCGGACUAGACUUAUUAAAACCGGACAGUCUGUAUGAUGAAGCAUCAGCUAGCAGAACAAACCAGAAUCAGAUGGAAGCAACCGCUCGACAUGAAGCUUUCUUCACGCAGCAACAGGAGCAGCCAUCUGUGCUCAAUACAAAUUCAACGGCCCCCUCUGGAAAUCCUUUUGUCGUUGAACAGACGAUGCCAUCUCAUCCAGCUCAGAAUUCCAGCUUGAUUUAGGGGUCACAAGAAAAAAUCAUGUCAAAAUUUUCCCCAUAAUCUUGUAGACUUUAAAGCAGAGGGAGGUGAAGCAGAGAUGAAACGGGGUUCAUGCUUAGGUUCCUCCCAAGCCGGGUUGUACAGAUUACAGAAACUAGUCAUCCUCCGAAAUCAGACUUUUAGGGUUAUGCCUCAUCUCCAAUUGCAGCCCAUGUUUCCAUUUAGAGACUCCUGUUAACAUUGUGGUAUAAACCUGAACCUCUAGCGUUAGUCUCUGCUCUACUUUCUACCCCUUUUCCCUCUCCUCCUCCUCAUGUGCCUCUGCUUGGUAAAAUGUUGUUUUG